GUCGAGCAAAAGGACCAUUAUGGACCACGGGGGGUCCGGACCCUGUGCUUGUAGUUUACAAGACCCAUUAGUCGUAUGUGGCUCUGAUAUCAUGUUGAUGAUAUUGAGCCGGCUCGACGCACGCAGCUUGGCUUCCACACUUGGUGUUUCUCGUAGAUGGCGUUCAGUUGCUUCCAGUGAUAUCAUUUGGUCUAAAAAGGAUGCCCCAGAAUACUGGCGCAAUUUGGACCCAUAUUGGACAGGGGCAGAAGAUGCGCCAAUGCACCGCUACUUCCAUCCAGAUGGCAGCCAAACGGCAGAUUCUAGCGACCAGGUUUGGGGCGGCCACGAGUCCUGUUACUCCAUUGUCACUAGUUUCUUAGCAGAUGGAACAAUCAGAGAACACUAUGUGAGAAUUAACCGUUGGCCGAAAUUGCGCAUAUCUAGAAGAGAGGAUUGGGGGUGGGAAAUGUCGAACCGCCUCUAUUGCUACUCGAGUGUUCCUGAUGCGCAUAUGAAAGGCGGAACCGGUCCCUGUCUUCCAAUCCUUUGAUUUGGGUUUCCGGUUUUUGUACUAGUAAUGUUGUGUUAGAAUUUUAUCUGUUUUUUAGUAUGUUCUUUUGGUUUAUGAAAGCAGAAUUUAAUUGUUUGAA